CACGCCCUCAGUCCUCCAUAACCUUUACCAUCAUUAACACAAUCGUUGGUCUUUUAAAUCAUAUGCAUUCAAACAUUAUCUAUUAAAUAAUGUUUCAAUUAUUUGGAAGUCUUAAACAAUUUCUAAAACCGAGUUCGUGUGUAAUCGAUAACAAUAUAUUUCGACUUCACUAUAAGGCGACUGUAGUUAUACUCAUAGGAUGUAGUCUUAUGGUUACAGCUCGACAAUACUUUGGCGAUCCAAUUGACUGUAUCUCUAGAGACGACAUCCCACCGAAUCUUCUGGACACGUAUUGUUGGAUUCACACCACGUUUAGUAUAGAGAAUGCAUGGAAGAAAAAAGUGGGGGAAGAAGUGCCGUAUCCCGGGGUCGACAAGACUACCCCUAACGAGAAGAGAGUAUAUCACGCGUACUACCAAUGGGUGUGUUUUGUGCUCUUCUUUCAGGCGCUGCUCUUCUAUAUUCCCCGAUAUUUAUGGAAAGCAUGUGAAGCCGGAAGAGUUAAGAAUUUGAUUCUUGGUCUCAAUUAUCCAAUUUGUAGCGAAGAUGUAAAGAGUAAUAAUCGGGCACUUCUUGUUGAAUAUCUCUACAAAAACCUCAAUAACCACAACCUUAUGUUCAAAAUGUACGUCACAACAGAAGUACUUAAUUUUCUCAAUGUUAUCCUCCAAAUGGUUUUGAUGGACCGCUUCUUAGGCGGAGAGUUCUCUAACUAUGGUUGGGAAGUGCUCUCCUUCUCAGAGUGGGACUGGAAUGUCAGAUACGACCCAAUGGUUUAUUAAAGUGUUUCCACGUCUAACCAAAUGUACUUUCCAUCGAUACGGGU